AAGUCGUGAGUAAUAUUGCUCAAUCUCUCAUUUGCGCAACAGCUUUCAUAACCUGCCGUGAAACUUCUGCUUGAGUUAAACACAAGGAAGAAAAGUCGGUGACAAACCGAGCCCCGUGCGAUCCUCCUCCUCUGCAGCAGCUGUGGCCGAGAAGGAGGAAGUUAUCCCUCCCCGGGUUGUUUCUUGACGCAGCACAAAUGCAUGUAUAGCAAAAGAAGAACCCCUUUUUAAUGCGGUCUUUAAAAAAAAAGGACAUUUUACUUCCCCCUCUUCUGGAUGCCAGCUGGAGUUUUAAACAGCAGCCCAGAGGUUAAUGAAGUGAAGGGUCAUGGUGCUGCCGAGGAACAGCAACAGGACACGAAUGGAUCCAGAGAAAACAAAAGUGAUGGAGAAGGAGGAAACGCUCAGGAAGGUUCAUCGGUACGGCAGCAUUAACGGAAGCUCCACGAGCGACUCCUGCCCUACGUGUCAAGGCACCGGACGAAUUCCCCGCGGCCAGCAGGAUCAACUCCUCGCCGUAAUACCGUGCAACGACGUGCGGCUCCAACCCAGGCGCACGAAGCUGUACGUGUGCAUCUCCAUGGCAGUGUGUCUUUUACUUUGCUGCCUGAUCCUCUUUUUCUUCUUCCCUCGGAGCGUCACGCUCACGCCGGUGUCCGUGCUGUCCGUCAUGGUCUACUUCAGGCCGGACUCUGUGGACAUGGAGGUCACAAAUCUCAUCAACAUGACCAACGAGAACUUUGUUCCAGUUCAGAUCGUUGAGUUCACCAUGCAGGGUCUGCUUGCUCAAACGGUGGUGGGUCAUACCAAACUGUCCAACUUGACGGCCAUACAGUCUCGAUCGAGACAACCGUACAUCAUCCAAAUCGACCUGCCGAUCAAAGACCAAGGCUUAAACACUUACUGCAAGUCAUCUUCUUUCAAGAUCCACACGUUGUUCCUGCAGCUGCAAAUGACCAUGAAUAUUUCCUACCUGUCUCACACGGAGCAGAUCUCCCAGGAGGUUUUUGAGUACAUUGAUUGUGGCAAUAAUUCCACCACCCCCCAUCCUGUGAGAUGAUCGAACCCCAAAUUACAAAGACCCGCAAUGGCACUCUACUUCUAUCCUUUUAAUGUGUGAUUGAGUACUGUUAAAAUGAUAAAUUUUUCUAUUAUUUUCACAGUCCAAAGCCUUUUAAUCAGUCACUACCGUCUUAUGAGUUAGAUAUAACUGUUUUAUUACAGAUAACGUUGGUUGUUAAUGUGUUUUAAACUAUACAUUUUUCAGCUGUUUUUUUUUUCUUUUUUCAAAAUUAAUUUUAUUGUAUUACAGAGUUGACCUCUGUUAAUACUGAUUUCAUUUGCACUUAAUUAAACUGUGACAAUUA